AUGAACUCGACGGCGGCGGCGGCUGCGCUGGAGUGCAGUACGGACGUGGGCGUGUCAGCGCGGGACAAGUUGAUCCGGUUCGUUGUGCACGGUGUGAUGCUCAACGCCAUUGGGGCGGCCGGCCUACUCGGCAACGCUCUUGCAGUACUAGUGCUGUCGCGCCCACAGAUGCGCUCCUCCAUAAACUGUCUUCUGGUGGGGCUAGCUGCGUGCGACACACUUCUUAUCCUGACCUCAGUGCUCCUGUUCGGCCUCACUGCUGUAUAUCCAUACACUGGUGCGCUGCGCUACUAUUACUACCACGUAUGUCCGCGUCUAACGCCCUAUGCCUACCCACUGGCCAAUGUUGCGCAGACCAUGUCUGUCUAUCUCACGUUGAUCGUGACCGUAGAACGAUGGGUAGCUGUAUGCCAUCCUUUCCGUGCCAAGGCACUGUGCACCUCGUCGCGAGCGCGCUGGUAUGUACUCGGAACGGCAGUAUUCGCAUUUAUCUACAACGCGCCCAAGUUUCUCGAAGCCGAGGUGGUGGAAGAGCGCGACAUCGAGACCGGCGAAGUGAUCUACUGUGUACAGGCCGAUAUGCGGUUCCGCAACGAAACCUAUGUGGCCGUCUAUAUCCAUUGGAUGUACUUAGUAGUAAUGUACAUCGUACCGUUCUCGCUACUGGCAGCGUUGAACGCUCGCAUCGUGCGCCAAGUGCGACGAGCACAGGCCGAACGUGCCAGACUCUCGCGCGUGCAGCGCCGCGAGCUCGGACUGGCCACCAUGCUGCUAGUAGUCGUGCUGGUGUUCUUCUUAUGCAACCUAUUGCCGCUAGUCACCAACGCCUUCGAGGUCUUCCUCGGGGAUGCGUUCGACAAUCUCGACCCACUAGUGAAGACGAGCAACCUGCUGGUCACAAUCAACAGCAGCGUGAACUUCGUAAUAUACGUCAUCUUCGGCGAAAAGUUCAAACGGAUUUUCCUGAAGCUAUUCUGCGCUGGACGAACUCGACGAGAUUCACCGGAACACACGCGCGACGACUCGUUCGCAUCAGGUGCGGGUGAGCGCGUGUCGCUGCGGCUGCUGCGGAACGGCACGCUUCGCCGGUCACGAGGCGCGGCAGGGCGGCGCCGAUCACCCGCGCCCACCGUCUACUACCCCGCACCACCUGCCACUCCUUGCACGGAAGUAUCGCUGGCCUCGCUAGAGCACACGUCUCGCACCAACGGUGCUUCUCGACUACACUUCUGA